AUGAGGAAGACUGGUGCGAUUGCAGCAGGUGUCUGUGGUGCUCUCUUUCUGGCAUACUGCAUCUACUUCGACAGAAAGCGGAGAAAUGAUCCCAGUUUUAAGGAAAGGCUACAGCAGCGGAGGAGGAAGCAGAAGGAGGCCACGGUAGACAAUGGGGUCUUCAACCUCCCAAACCAGAAGGACGCAGAAGCCAUGCAGGCAUUUUUCCUGAAUGAAAUCCAGCUGGGGGAAGAGGCCCUGUCACAAGGUGACUACGAGGUGGCCGUCAAUCAUCUGUCCAAUGCAAUUGCCAUUUGUGGUCAACCCCAGCAGCUCCUUCAGGUCCUUCAACAGACCAUCCCCCCGCCAAUUUUCCAAAUGCUUCUGGUGAAACUCGCAACUGCCAUCUAA